AUGCGACUCAAUGUCCUCCUUCUCGCAAUACUCGCGACUCUAGUAACAGCAGAUUCAGUGUCGUCUUCGAAUGCCAAUGGCGACUGUAACACUGGCUUUGUCGUCUGCGCGCCUGCAGGCGCCACAUCCGCAACGACCCCGCAGAUUGGCGAUGCAGCGUUCGCGAACCUCUUCACCGACAUUGUGCAAUCCUCCCUGCCAGCCUUCAAACGCUCACUAUCUGACCGAGCCGUGGCAUCCUUGUGCUGCAACGCGCUACUAUCCUGCCUCACAAUAACCGCACUUGGGCUGCCCAUGUGUUACGACAAAUUUACGACGAACUUCUUCCUCCCCGACGGCAGUCACGGCACCAUAGUAGGCGGCUCCUACACUUCAUCUUCCGGUGACCACGCCAAUCUCGAAACUGGUGAUUACACGCUCGCCAGUGGCCAGACAGGGAAUAUCUAUUCGAAGGACCCAGCAGCAAAACCGAAUACAGCAACACUCCCAAUGCCAACCCAGUUCACAGCCUCUGGAGUGGGCUCCGCGGUCCCGAUCUCCAACCUAGGCAGCCAGGUUACUCACACGUAUACGACUACGAUCCCAGAAAGUGUCGUUCCAGCGGUGACCAUAUCUCCGAGCACGGUCUCUGGCGUUGUGUCGCAGGAGACGAUAUUGUUGCCAAACACUAUUUUGACGCUUGUCUCGGGGUCGUAUGUCAGCAAUACGGGGGCUGUGACUUCGCUGUCUACUUUGACAGAGCCCGCCUCGAUCAUUCCGGGGACGACAUUACCGGCCAGCACAGUGAGUGCAAUCGUGACGGUGGUUACUACCACACAGGUGGGUGCUAUUCAGAGCUCCACGACACCGAGCGCUACUACGAAGAAGGGCGGUGCUGGAAGAAAUAAGAGAUCGGGAAUGGGAUUGAUUGUUGUUCUGUUGGCCGGUCUUGUUAUGCUUUGA